AUGUUCCUACCCGACAAGGACAGAAAGUGGAAACAGGCAAAUACGUUCAUCUGCUAUAGAAGAUUAGCAAUUUACAAGAAAAAAUAUUAUCGGAACAGGCAACAGUUGAUUUACGUGUCGCUGUCUGGCCAUAUUUACACCAAGGAAAACUAUAGAGAAGCUGUGCAGGUGGACAACCGCAUCCGGGCAGACCUAAAAAUAUCAAACACGGGCCAAAGAUCGAGCAUACACGAUGUGAAUCUCCUGUACAGUAGGCUCCAUAAUCUGCUGAACCCCACCGCGGACGAACAUUUUGAUGAAAAGAUGUUCGAAUAUUACUGUAUUCCCCGAUCCAUCAUAAGCGAGUACAACAACCUAGGUAUCUUCCAGCUAUACAAGGAGCAGGCGGAUUGCUUGAGGAGCGUUCUUCAAAACGAGCAAGUCGAAAAGAAUGUGAAAAAUAAGGUAGAGAACAUAACGCCAGAGGAAAGAACCCCUGAGAAUAGACACCCCCAAAGGAUAGAUUCCUUUUCUAACGAGGAGUUCUUCACCUCCCUGGAGGAAUUGAAACACAGUGAUGAUGAAGAAGGAUGGCCAGAAAUAUCUCCGCAGAGGGCGCCAACGGAUGGACUGGAAAUAUCCCCACAGAAGGGGCCAACGGAUGGACUGGAAAUAUCCCCACAGAAGGGGCCAAUGGAUGGACGUGAAAUAUCCCCGCAGGGAGGGCCAACGGAUGGACGAGAAAUAUCCCCACAGGGAGGACCAAAAGAGGAGCACCUCUGUGACGACAAAUGGGACAAACUACACGUGAAAAAUGACACAGGGCAUAAUUUUUUUUACAAAAAUUUUCUCUUCAAUAUCCCAACAGGGAUGGGAAAGACCAUAAUAUAUGACAUUUUAAUUAUACGAAUGGUCCUUUACAAGGGGUAUAGAGCAAUAUUAUGCCUCCCCACGAUGACACUUAUUAAUGAAAAAUAUGAUUACUACGAGAAGCUGCUCGGAGAAAAUACCGUGUGUCUAAAUAUAAGAAAAUUUAACAGUUCCAAUUCUAGUGGGUACUCAUAUCAGCUGUGCACCGACAUUGCCAUCUGCACGUAUGAACAAGCCAACAUCAUACUCAAUAUUAUUAUAAAAAACAACUUAAAGUGUAAUUAUAUUUUCGUCAUUGACGAAAUUCACUACAUGAACGAUAGCCACAGGGGGGUUUUCAUCGAGUCUAUGCUCACGAAAAUUAAGUACAUCCAGAAGAAUUGCGAAAGUAUCUUUAAAAUCCGUGUCUACGGCUUUUCUGCAACAUUGUCAAAUGUGCACCAGAUCGGCGAAUGGCUAGACGCCAAGGUGCACGUCAGCAAGGAGAAGCUGCAGAAUAUAAAGCACCUGUACAAGAUAAAUAACGCGAUAUACAAGGACAUAGACGGGAAGGAACUAGAGAGGAACCUGGAAGCGCCGUUCUCCCUGGACCCUGACCAUCUGGUGUUCCUGCUGAGCGAGGAACUCAUUCUGCAGAGAAACGUUCUGAUCUUUUGUCCAACGAAGAAGAAAUGCGAGAAGGUGGCUUAUUUUAUAAGCAACAUUAUGCCAUACUAUUUGAAAAACAGGAAUUAUAACGUAAAGAAGGAGAUGGUCCAAAGGAGGGUGAACCUUGUGAACCAACUCAAGGAGGUCAGCGUAGUUAUGCCCGCCAUGGAAAAGUUAAUCCUUAGUGGAAUUUUCUAUCACCACGCAGAUCUGCAGAGUAAGGAGAGAGGAAUAGUGGAAGGUGCCUUUAGGAGCAACACCCUUUUCUGCCUGUGCUGCACGACGACCCUAUCCGUAGGGGUGAGUUUCAACGUGCACACGAUAAUAAUCCGUAACAUACGGCUUGGCACCAAGUUCCUGACAAAGGACCAGAUCAUGCAGAUAUCGGGACGAUGCGGCCGCAUGAAGAAGGCUCCCGCGGGUGGGGAUGCCGCUGGGGCCAUUGGCGAUCCUACCAACACGGUAAGCAGUGUAGUGGGUGAGGAAGGAAGUGGUAAAGAUGUCUCCGCGCAGGCUAUGACGUACACGCCCGUGAAGGAUUACGACGAGGACUGCGACGGGAAGGUCUUGGUCUUCCUCCAGCAGUGCGAUAAGAAGUACAUGGAAAGAAUUCUGAAGGAGGACGUAGAUUUGUUCAACCUGAAAACAUGGCUGAACAAUUUCCAACUGUGUAAAUUCAUCGUGGAGCUCAUCCAACUGAAUAUGGUUAAGACGAAGAAGGAAGUGGAACACUUCCUCUUUCUGUACACACUCAAGUUCUUUAAAGUGGAGGAAAGGGAGGGAAAGAAUGAAGAGACGACUGACACCAACCGUGUGAAUUAUAGAGACCUAAUGAUGCACGAGAUAAAGCAGAUUUUCCAGUAUCUCUUCGAGAACAAACUCAUCAUCAUCCCACAUGACAAGGAACAGUCAUACUACUACUAUAUGUUUGCCAAAAUAUACAAUGUCAACCUUUACAAAAUGGAACAUAUUUUCAAUUUCCACUUUUUAUGCCAGUACAUUAACGUGGAAACAUUAAUUAAAUGUAACUUACCACAAAAAAUGGAUUUAUUUAAAAAAUUGUACAGGAACUACAAACAGAAGGACUUUAAGGAUGAAGAUAAACAAAGCUAUUUUUUCUCUCUCCCUUUCUUAACCAUUCUAUUAAUUUUCAAGGAUACAAAGGUUAAUAAAAAUAUUUUCCAAAAUUUGUCUGUACAACUUGUGAAGUAUUUAUUUCUUGUUAAUAUUAACAAUAAGCAAUUUGACUUUUACGUUUAUGACCUUUUGAGGGACGAGGAUGUGAUUGAGUGCACGGAGGUUUCUUCUUAUGUGCAUCCUAUUUUGAAUGCGUUGGACUUCAUUUUCAGCUUUUCCUUCAUUCAGUAUGUGUACUUCAGAGGAUUCCCCACGGACGUCCUGUUGAUGAUUUUCGUUUUCUGCGUCAAUUCGGAUAUUUCGCUCAAAAUUGACUUUGACGUGUACGAGCAAAUAUUAACGUCUAGGAGUGGCCCCCAGGGCGGGGACGUGCGCAGGAUUUUUCACUACUUCGAUCUUAGCCUGGACAAGCUGAAGCGCUUCAAACAUUACAAUAGCGAAUACCUUUGUGCCCAGUGCGCUGAGUGCGCCAAGAAGAUGCUGCAGGGAGAGAUCGACGUAGAUGAAAUAUACGAAAACUUCGAGUGGGCCAAAAUCAAGCGCUUUUACUUUUCCCUUAUCGUGUACGAUCUGCUCACGGAGGACAUCCAUACCGUGGGGCGCAAGUACAAAGUCAAAACGAAUGAUAUAAGAAAUAUGUACUCCAAGUGCUUCUACAACUUGGCCUUCAACUGCAGAAACUUGCGGAACUUUAAAAAUUCUUUGGACAUCUUUUGCGUAGUCCUGGAUAAUCUCCUCAUAAAAAUGAGGUCCAGAAAUUUAGCCUUCGCUUUUUAG